GAGGAGAUGUCGCUGCUGGGUGUGCUGCAUAACUAUAAUAGAGGGAAUUACAAGCUGAAUCCGGUGAUCGUUCAAGAGGAUGAUUACAAUGUUUAUUACGGAGGGAUUAGUAAUGGCCUUCUCUGGCCUGCUCUUCACAAUCUGCCUGAAUAUAUCGUUAAGGACUACGACAAUCCCAAGGCGAGUUUCUUUUUUAUAUGA